ACCUGUGUCCCUUUCCCGGUCCAGCCUGAGCUGGCCUUUGGGUGCUACCCUCCCCUGUCGCAGGCCUGCCAUUGCUCAGAGCCCAUUACCACCGUCCCCCUCUGCGGCACUGCAGGGCACCCACUCACAGACUCCCUGGAAGGCCCGGCACCUGCCUCUGCCCUUGGCUCUCUACCAGCCUGGCUGUGUCCUGGGGCUGCUGGGGAGAGCCUGGCCCCUUCCCAGGGGCAGGGGAGGAGGAGGCAGGCUGGGAACACAGGCCAGGCUCAGUGUCGCAAUUCCGGGCAGUGCGAGACCUUUGCCCCGCGAGGUGUCUGUGGAGGGAGGGACACUGACUCCAGAGGCUGCCGGGAUCGGGGUGCUUCCCACCGCCUAGGAAGCAGCCCUUCUGUAAAAGCGAGAGCCCAGGGUCCCUCUGAGUUCAGCUCUAGUCGCCACCGCCACCGCAGGCUCAGCACAGGGCACUGCACCAGCCUCCCGUCCCAGCAAGGGGGCUCCAGAGACUGCGCAGCCAGAAGUCUGGUGGCCCAGGGACCUGGUGGGUCUGCUCAGCCCCACCCCGGGCUCUGCGUGCGUCAGGUCAGGACAGUGCUUUGGUAAUGUCCAGGGCUCCAGGAAGAGAUGUCCUUGUGGCUGGAGGCCCCUGUGCCUGACUCUGCAAUAGAGCUGUGGGAGCCAGAGGCCCUGGAUGCCAGUGGCCGGGCCCAGGGAGGCAGCAGCUGCAUCCUCAGCAAGAGAGCCAGGAUGCCCCCAUCUGCUGGGGACACUAUGGUGAUGGGACUGGAGGCAGCGGAGCCCGCGGCCCUACUCCCCAGGGUGGAGGCUCUGCCAGAGCCCACAGAGCUCCGACCACAAAAGCGGAAAAAGGGGCCGGCCCCCAAGAUGCUGGGCCACGAGCUGUGCAGCGUGUGUGGGGACAAGGCCUCCGGCUUCCACUACAACGUGCUGAGCUGCGAGGGCUGCAAGGGAUUCUUCCGCCGCAGUGUCAUCAAGGGGGCGCGCUACGUGUGCCACGGCGGUGGCCACUGCCCCAUGGACACCUACAUGCGACGCAAGUGCCAGGAGUGUCGGCUUCGCAAGUGCCGCCAGGCGGGCAUGCGGGAAGAGUGUGUCCUGUCAGAGGAACAGAUCCGCCUGAAGAAACUGAAGCGGCAAGAGGAGGAACAGGCUCAGGCCACCUCUGCGCCCCCGAGGGCUGCUUCACCCCCGCAGGUGCUGCCCCAGCUCAGCCCGGAGCAGCUGGGCAUGAUCGAGAAGCUGGUCACUGCCCAGCAGCAGUGUAACAAGCGCUCCUUUUCUGACCGGCUUCGAGUCACGCCCUGGCCCGUGGCCCCAGAUCCCCAGAGCCGGGAGGCCCGGCAGCAGCGCUUCGCCCACUUUACGGAGCUGGCUAUCGUGUCUGUGCAAGAGAUCGUUGACUUUGCCAAACAGCUCCCCGGCUUCCUGCAGCUCAGCCAGGAGGACCAGAUCGCCCUGCUGAAGACUUCCGCUAUCGAGGUGAUGCUUCUGGAAACAUCCCGGAGGUACAACCCUGGGAGCGAGAGCAUCACCUUCCUCAAGGAUUUCAGUUAUAAUCGGGAAGACUUUGCUAAAGCAGGGCUGCAGGUGGAGUUCAUCAACCCCAUCUUCGAGUUCUCCAGAGCCAUGAAUGAGCUGCAGCUCAACGAUGCGGAGUUCGCUCUGCUCAUUGCCAUCAGCAUCUUCUCUGCAGACCGACCCAACGUGCAAGACCAGCUGCAAGUAGAGAAGCUGCAGCACACAUACGUCGAGGCCCUGCAUGCCUAUGUCUCCAUCCACCACCCCCACGACCGGCUCAUGUUCCCGCGGAUGCUGAUGAAACUGGUGAGCCUGCGCACACUGAGCAGCGUCCACUCGGAGCAAGUGUUCGCCCUGCGUCUGCAGGACAAGAAGCUGCCCCCGCUGCUCUCAGAGAUCUGGGAUGUACACGAGUGACCGUCCGCUAGAGGCGGAGCAGAGCAAGAAGGACAAACAUUCCCGGAGCUGGGGCAGGAAAUCCUCCGUGGCAUUAAAGGAACGCCAAAGGGUUGGGGGUUUUGUGCCUGCUGGGCCCUGGGCCCUGCUAAAGCUGCGCUCCACGUGAAGACCUCCUGCCCGGCUGAAUGACAGACCUGGGGGCCGCUAUGCACGGGGUUCUCCAGGGUUAGCCCUGCCCAUCCUGCCUCUACCACUUCCUGUUUUUCCCCACAGGGCCCCAAAAGAAAUUCUCCACUGUCACUUUGCGGGUUAGCCCUAAAUGCCUCGAGGCUGCCACACUGAUAGGUCUGGCCUGUUGGAACAGGAAGGUGCAGACGAGUGCAAGCCAAUUCCUGGACGGGGUGGGGGUGGGGGCGAGUGAGGAGGAGGAGGGCGGCGUCCUGCAGGAUCCGCUGUCUCCAGACUCAGUAGAGGGAAAGCCACAAGUGACAGCCAUGGCAGCCAGGUGGCGGGGGGCUCCUUUUCCUAGCCCGGUGGUGCCAUACAAAUUGAUGAAAAUGCUGAGGCGUAGGCGCCCCUCUCCUCUUUAAUGAUCCGGUGGUUGUGUGUAUAAUGUCUUAGUUUUUCCGUUGGCAUCUGAAAAAGGCACAACGUGAAAUAGGGCCAGGUAGUCCCUACUUCCGGCCCCCAACCCCUCUGGGUCAGGAAAAAAAAACCCCAAGCUAGGCGAGGCCGCCUGUGGAAGUGUUGAGGUCUCAAAGGCGUGAACUCCACUUCCCAGUGGGCGUCGCGGCGGCGGCCACGCCCCCUUCUGCGCGCGCGCUCGUGCAGGUGCUCCGGUGGCGCGCCUUCUCCUCUAUGCACCCCUGCCGUCCAGAAUUGGUAGGCGCAGACAGCGGGCGCCUCCAAACGGUUCGCGGGGGGGAUCGAGGUGAGGUAUGAGGAGCCGGCCGGAAAGUCUCAGGAGCAGUUUAUCUUCAGAAGUCACUUUUGGAUUAAACAACAUUUCGUCUAAA